AUGGAGCAAGACGAGAGAAUUGGGUUGGAAGAGCGCCUCAAAUCCGCUUUAUGGCUCUCGAUUGGGAAGAUUGUCGAUGAAGAAACCAUCAAGUUAGGAGUGAAUGCUACGCCUCAGUUUAUCGGAGCUUUGACGGAGAUGGUUUGGGCUCAAAUUGAAACCGCCAGUCAAGACCUUGAAUCCUUUGCCAAGCAUGCCGGACGCUCGACAGUCAACGUCUCUGAUGUGCUGCUGCUUGCUCGUCGCAAUGAGGGAUUGGAAUCUAUCUUGCGCACGUUUAUUAAUAAGCAGCGCGAGGACAACGAGAAUGAUGCUUGA